CAGAUUUCCUAGGCUGGAGGCACUUCUUGAAUCAAGAUUUCGCGAUGCACGCAACCGCUGGUGGCGCAGACUGGAACCCCGAGGAUCAUGUCUACUUAUUCAACGACAUUCACAUACCAUACGACGUCUCAAAAAGCCGUCUGAUAUAUAUCCCUCUCCACCAACCGUUUCAUUUCUCAGUCUACGCAUUUGAUAUGGAGAACGAGAAGAUUCAGAUCAUGGACCCCUUAAGAGAUACAAGCAAAGGAGGGCAGGACAUUGAAGCUAGGCACUCUAAGACUAAAGAUCAUAUUGCGAAAGCAUUGCAGGAUUGCAUGGUCAUCUCUUUUCCAGACUGGAAACGCAAUAUUUCUAGCUGGCAGCAUGAGUUCCCAACAAAUAUUCCAGCAACUGCUAACAGGAUUGAUACUGCUUUCCACGUUCUGCAUAUCAUGAGAAAUUGGGAUGCAAAAUGCUUAGUCAAUCCAGUCUCUAGUGACUCUUGA